ACACUUGAAUAGUAAUGAAUACAGUGAUAUUAGAUUGUUUACUUUAAAGCAGAGCUCUGAUUCUGUUUCAAUUUUAUUAUGUGUUCAAAAAUUUUAACACUUAGUAAUGUUUUGAGUAGACCUAUGCAGUUAUUUUUUAAGCCAAAUGUUACUUCUAACCUAAAACCAAAUAUCAAUGUAACCUCAGUGGCUUGCGUGAGUUUCUUUAAUAAAUUACCAGCUGAAAAACUUUGGAAGUCUGUAACAUCUGUAAGUAAUGCGGGUGCCAAGAAGGGUCGUGGUAAGGGAGCAGGUAGGAUCCGAAUUCGAGACUUGAAUAGAGGCCAGGUAAUUGGCACAGGAAAAGUUAAUAUGUUGUGGCCUGGUCUAUCAGCCCCUGUGAUUAGAGGCAGAGAAUUAUUGAAACAGCAAAAGCUACCUGAUGAUCCUGAAAGAAUGGAAAAGCUAAUAAAAAUACGAGAUUCAAUGACAAAGUUCCGUCGUCUGAAACUGAGCUCCAUCGAAAGGGGCUGGUCUGGCUCCCGUAUGCCAGGACGUAGUAUUGGGCCUCCAGAUCCCAUAGGGGAAGAUGAAUUCAUUGGCUUCGACACUAAAGUUCUCCAGCUAAGAUCUUUGUUGAUCAUGAAAGGAAAUUUAGGACGAACACGAAACUAUCAAGCCAUGGUGGUGACAGGAAAUGGUCAAGGUCUUGCUGGUUUUGGGCUUGGUAAAGCCAAGGAAGCUCCUGCAGCCUUGAGAAAGGCUAAGAACAGGGCGGGACAGAAAUUAAUGCAUUUUGAAAUUUACAAUGGACACACAAUUUUCCACGACUUUUUCACGGCUUUCGGCAAGACUAAAAUCUUUGUUCAAAAGAAAAAUGAAGGUUACGGCUUGAAAUGUCAUCGAGCUAUAAGGGAGAUUUGUCAAGCCAUCGGCAUCAAGGAUAUAAGAGCUAAAUUAGAGGGCUCUAACAAUUUGCAACACAUUGUGAAGGCAUUCUUUAUUGGACUAUUGCAACAGAGAACACACAAACAAUUAGCCGAAGAGAAGAAACUCCACCUUGUAGAGUACAGAGCUGAGAACGAAUAUUAUCCAAAAGUAGUGGCCAGCCCAACAGAGGUUCGGACCAAAGAUCAAAUACCUCGCGACGAGACUCUUCAUUUUGUCCAAUACGUUAUGAACGACAAGGUGAUACUGCGGAAGAAAAAAUUCCCACCCUUUUAUGAGAAAAUGCCACAUUACAAAAUUUACUUAAAGAAAUACGAGAAGUAUAGGAAUCACGAGAAGAUUAGGCAAAUGUUAAAAGUUGAAUAUGGCGACGUGAAGAGCUUCCUAAAUGAACGGUUUCCCGAAGAGAAUGUGGAACAGAGUGAAUCAUAAUACGUGUAGAUUACAAUUUUAGAAA